AUGAACAAAACUUAUUUAACCGUUGCGAUACUUUUGGCGGUUACGAUUAUCGCCGCUCGGGGUGACGAAACUCCAUCAGAACAAUGUCCAGGACAAAACCACGAGGAUCUUCGUGAGAGGAUCCAGGUUCAACCCUGCGGCAAGUCGCGCUGCAAGCUUCGUAAAGGGACGAACACAACCGUUGUGUUUAAAUUUAAACCAGAUCACGAAAUCAAACAGCUGACGAACGAUGUUUACGCUGUCAUAGCUGGGUUGCCAUUACCAUUCGUUGGUGUGGCAGGAGCUAGUGCGUGCGCUCAGAUUAAACACGCUGAUUCUGGUGAACCGGCGCCUUGCCCACUGGCUGCUGGUAAAGAAUACAUAUACACCAACUCAUUCCCCAUAGAGAAAUUCUACCCUCAAGUACCCCUUAAAGUGCAUUGGGGUUUGAAUGAUGGCAACACUGAUAUUAUGUGCUUCGAAGUACCAGCGGUAAUCGUCAAGGGCAGCACUAAAUGA